UCGUCACCAGAAGAGCGAACAAAUUUCCAAGGUGCUAAACGAAGAGUACACGAAGAAAAGGAACCAUAAUGUCUCCGUACAUGAUAACGUGUUUCAUUCUGGCUAUUGCCGCUGUACCUCUUGUACAGUCAGCGGAAAACGCACCGGAGUGCCCAGUAAACCAGAUAUGGUCACUGUGCGGACGUCUGUGCGAGCCAAGCUGCGACGAUCCGAAGCCCAAUCCCCUCUUUUGCCCCCGAAUCGCAUGUAGUAAUUACACGGCCGCCUGCAGAUGCAUAAAGGGCACGGUCAGAAAUGCAAACGACGAGUGUGUACCUGUGGACCAAUGCCCGAAAAAGGAAUAACUAUCUACACAGGCCCAACGCGAUUAGUAAGACUACGACCACGACUGAGUUGUAC